AGGGCUCGAAGGGCAGGCUGUUUGGGCAAGCGGCGUCUGAAUCGGCGUGGGAGAAGUUAGAGGCCAUGGAGGUGGAUGGGCUGGCGCAGCAGCUGAGGGCCAUCAUUGAGGCGGAGGUGGCGGCGCGCAGCGCGGAGCUGGACCGCCGGGAGCGGGAGCUCAAGGCCAGGGAGGAGGCGGUGCAGCGGCGCGAGCAAGCCCUGGACCUUCCAACUUUCCCAGAAAGAGGGGUGGCAGCGGAGACGCCCACGCCUUCGCGGGCACCCUGCGCGCUCUUCCAGGCUCCCGAGGCACCUGCCAGCAGCCUUCCAUCUAGAGGCAACGUGCAGUCCAAGCCCUCGCAGCUGGCGCCCAGACCGUUUGCACGUCAAGAAGCAAAGGCUGAGGCCCCGACACCAGCGCUGUUUCAGGCUCCAAGCGAAGCGUCCAGCGAGGCCGAGAAGGCGGAGAAGGAGCCUGAGAAGAGAGGAGCGCCCGGCCUCUUCGACCAGCCGCAAGUCUCGGCGAUGUCAGCUGGCACCUCGCAACUCAAGGACCGCUUUGAGCGGAAGGCUGACGAAGGUGCAAAGCCACGGCCAUACCGACACUCAGCGCCACCAGACAAGCGCAGGGGUGAGAUCUCCAACACCUCAGCCGGCACUGCGAAUGAACUCAAGGAUUUGUUUGAGCAGAAGGCGCAGGAGGCCAAGCGGAAUGCCACGCCCGAGCGGAGGAACUCCUGGAAAGCAGUUCAGAACAAGCUCGAGCUGCCCGGUGAGGGCACCGGCCUCUUCCGUGCCCACGAGGCGCCGUUUAAGCGCACAACGAAGACUGCCAGCCUUGGCCAGCCCAAGGAGCGGCGGAGUCUCCAGGAGCUGCUGAAGGCGGAUGAGAUGUGCCAGUUGGCAGUGUAGGCUGACUGGUAGUGUGAGUGUCAGAUGUCAUGCAUGCAGCCUUGGCGAUGAGAGAAUUCAACCCAGCUUCGGUGGUGGCGCUUGACUCCUGAAGUGGGGCGUCGGCAUCCAAAUUGCACUUGGAGCGAUUGUCAUGAUUUGAUGGUCGUGCUCGUGCCAGAGAAUGCGUGCUUGCGCAUGAACUGCCACAAGUUGUCCCUGUGAAAUGCCGGGUUGGCUCCAGCCACGCCAGAAGUCACCAGGAGUCACUGGGUUUGCCAUGCUUCCUAAAAGCGUGUGGAAAUGCCUGAAGGAGGGCAGCCAGGACGGGUCUAUCCGAGCGGUCCCUAGGGCAGCCCUGUCCGAGCGGUUCCUUCUUCCAGCAGCGCUCUCUCUCUCACAAGCCGACGCACUGUGAGAAGCUGCGGCGCUUCCUGGCGAUUGUGGAGCAGCACUCCGAGGAUUUCGAGUUGUACAUCUCAAAUCUACGCAUGGAAAUGCAGCCGCCACAGCCGCAGAGUGAGAAGCGUGAGCCGGCCGUUCCCUUCACUAAGCCUUGCCUCAUCGGAAUCUCCGCGAAAGGCACAGCAAUGCUGUGGUAUCGCUGUGAGGCGGUGCAAAGCGUUGUUACCCGAACGUCGUAUUAAGUAAUGCUGAUCCUGUGGCCUGCAUUGCAAAGGGGGUCAUGCAUUGUAUACAAAGCAUCCAACAAAUCACUUGGCAUGCUCAGCUUUUCCUGCACUUACGGUGUAGCUUAGAGAGCCAAGCAUACCUGUGCUCGGGCCUGCGCCAACUAAGA